AUGGAACAGGUGGAACAAUCGGGAGGCGAAAGCCCACAGUUGACGUCAGUAAAAUCAGGAACAUGCAGAAACCAGAUUGAGGAAGGGGAUGCAGGUACCGGUACCAGAAGAAAGAGGAGAAAGAAGGAGCCACGGCCAGAGUCCAUCAUCGUGUACCGCUCUGACACAGAGAGGACACCUGGGGAGGACCAUGGUGGAGACACAGAGGGGACAGAGCGAAGCUCAGAAGAGGGGGCGAAAUUUCUGACUACUCCAACAAGUGAAGGCUGGCACAUACCCCCCGACAGUCGCUACGUCACACUGACAGGCACCAUCACACGAGGAAAGAAGAAAGGCCAAAUGGUUGACAUUCACGUGACUUUAACGGAGAAGGAGCUACAGGACAUGGCGAGGUCUAAAGAGCGUUUGGAUGCGGAGUGCGAAGCCGGAGAAGGUGCUAAGCGUUCGUGCGGUUUCGGUUGUAAUCAGGGUCCCCACAUUGUGCUGUGGAGUUUGUCCUGCGCUCCUGUGGUGUUCCUCCUCUCUUUCAUCACCUCCUUCUAUUACGGCACGCUCACUUGGUAUAACGUCUUUCUGGUGUAUAACGAAGAGCGGACGUUUUGGCACAAAAUCACAGUUUGCCCCUGUCUGAUCGUCUUCUACCCCAUGUUAAUCAUGGCCGUGUCAUUGUCACUGGGUCUCUAUGCAGCUGUGGUUCAGGUGUCGUGGACCUUCAGCGAGUGGUGGUUAGCAGUGCGAGAUCUGGAGAAAGGCUUCUGUGGCUGGGCAUGUGGGAAAUUAGGACUGGAAGAUUGCUCACCGUACAGCAUAGUGGAGCUGUUAGACUCCGACACUAUCUCGAGAAGUUUGCCGGGAAAGACCCCUGGUGAGACUGUGCAGACUUCCUCUGUGUGA